UCCCAGCCCAAUACUUUCCACCCAACCCGUUACUCUUCCUUUGCCAAGUGGAUAUCGGAAUUCUCACAGUCGACCACACAUGUUCGUAGCAAGCAGAGCGACUCUCAUGUGAAGACAACGAAUCCGGCGACCACAGCCAGACUCCGGCGACGGUAAUUCGAUGACUCAACCUCUGACGCCUCUGUUGACUCGGCCACCUAAUUCAUCUUCUUCUCCUUUCUUUGUUGUUCACAACGAUGAUCUGCGACGAAGUUCAAGAUCUAGAACUCCAUCGUCUUCUACAUCGAUUCCCCGACGACGGAUGCUAUUGAUGACGACGAUACCUUGGGGGCGGGGUGGUGGCGGUUCAUUGGCAAGGCGGUGGUGGCGUUGGGCUGGGGCUGGAGUAUGGGGAGGCGGACUGGAGAGAGCACUAGGGCAGGGGAAGGGGCGAUGGCUGGGGGCGUGGGUCUGGACAGGGGUUGUUGCUGGGUUGAGAAAAGGCUGGGGAGUGGUGACAGAAGUUGGUUGUGACCGGAGUUGAGGUCUGGUGGUGAACGGGAGUUGAGGUCUGGUGGUGGCCGGGAGUUGAGGUCUGGUGGUGGCCGGGAGUUGAGGUCCGGUGGUGACCGGGAGUUGAGGUCCGAUGGUGUCGGGGAGUUAAGGUCUGGUGGCUGGUGGUGACCAGUAGCGGAGACGACAUGUCACGGUGGAGGUGUCAUUUUGACCGUAGGCCGUGUCACUGUGACGACGUCACUAUGGCGGCGUCACUGUGGCCGGUGGUGGUCUCUGGCCGGUGGGUGUUAACCGGUGGGAGGAGUUUGUGGAUGUCAAUAUGUCUCUGUCACUGAGGGUAGUGUCAUUGUAUUAGUGUCACAUGAGGGAUGCAACUAUAUAUUUGUCACUGUGACACGGGUGUCAGCGGUGGUAGCGACAUUCGACUGAAAAUGGGCAGUGACAUGAAUAGUUCUUUGUCACUUUAUUUUACUCACAUUUUUGUCCAAAUUUAAAAAAUUGUCACAUUUUUGUCCAAAUUCAAGAGUGGUCACAUUUUUGAAAAUCAGUAAUAUUCAGUAAAUGGAGGUAAUAAUCUUAAGAUUAUCAGAUGGAGGUAUCUAUAAUAUAAUUAAAUUACUUGAAUAAAAAGAAACGUAAAUUGAUGGAGUAUAUGGGUCUGAGCCCCCGGACCCACAUACUCGGAAGAACAGAAAGCACAAAACAACAGAGUGGCGCCCUCGUCGGCCAAGACGCCCCCGUCGGCCGAAAAGGGGCCAACUCGGAUUAUGGUCCUGAGUCCAAGGAACCUGGGUGCCCUCGUCGGCCGUGCCCUCGUCGUCCACGCCCUCGUCGGCCACGAAGACCUCACAGAAUCGGAUUUUAUACUUACUCAUUUGUACAGCCCAUUAGUGGCUUUGUAUUCAGCCCAGUAGCGGUCCAGUUGUAAAUGGGCCUCCCAAGCUCAAGACUUGGGAGCCCAGCUCUAAUUUUCUCUAUAAAUACUCCCUUUGGGAGUAGUUAUGGGGGUGACAAAUUCAUUCUAUUGAAGCAUAUUAUUGCACUUC